AUGACCGAAUGUGGCGAAGAGAUUUGCAUUUCCAAGAGUGUGGACUUUGUAAAUAUGAAUGACGCAUUUUCCGGAUCGGUGGAUGGACCGAAAUACGGACUGACAUUGUAUGAAACGGGUUAGACAUUAUCUUCAUUAAAGCUUUCAGGUUCUUCCAGUUUUCUAGAAAUAAGGGAUUGGACACAUUUGUGUACUCAUGUAUUACACCCACUUGGACCGAUAAAACAGUGCAAGGAUUCAAGGGCGAAAUUACUUUCGUCCAAGGAAUACAAAAGUAUACGAACAAAGUGGAAGUGUCCCGUUAUCGGCAGAAAGUAUUUUUGAAUUUGGGCAAAUUCGGUACUGCAUUUUCCUACAUCCAGACGGCGGUAUUUAUCAUUUUCAAACUGACCCCAAUCAUGUCGAAUUUAUACUUUCCUGUCGAGGCCAACUUUUUGAAUUCCGAUCUGACCGAUGCUGUUCUGGUGGUCGAGGGAAAGAAAUUGCAUGUUAACAAAGCGGUAUGUACAUGAUAUCGUACUGGUAGAAAUCGCAGUGUUUCACAAAACUCAAAGAUUAGACGAUCUAUGUAAUAACAUGGAUGUGCUCCGCACUCGGAUAAUAGUAAUUGGCUCAUUCGACACUUUCUGAAUGAGCCGAUAAGAUCCUAAAUUUUGGUAAUAAGUUACUUUGGUAGGAAACGUUGCGGAAUCUUGAAAAUACACUUCUUGAAACAAUUGUAAUAUUGAAAGAAUGCGAAAGUAAUUUGUUUACAGCUUCUUUCUGUGCAUUCCGACUUCUUCCGCGCUCUUUUCAAUUCGGAUUUCAAAGAGAAGUCAAUGACCGAAAUUCCGAUCGAAGAAGUGAAGUACGAGGAUUUCUUGCGAUUUCUCAGUCUUAUUCACCCGGACGCUGUCGUUCCGGAAAGUGAGAUCUCAUCAAAAACAUUCUUCAAUAUUGUUACAAAAAUUUCAGAGACUGAAUUCUUGACUCUUCUCGAGCUGGCCGAUCGUUUCGGAAUUCGCGCAGUUACCAAGUCCAUCGAACAAGAACUUCUGAAAUAUUCAGAGAACGCCAUGUACAAGUUUUUGUGGGCAGAAAAGUUCGGACUGGAAAAGUUGAUGGAUGCAUGUAUUGCUAAAUUGAACUCGUCGGCCGAGGUGAAGAAGAUUGCGAACGAUGUUCUCUUCGAAAGUCUCUCGCCGUUUAUGAAGAAUGUCAUUCUGAGAUGUCUUCUCUAA